AAAUGUCUGCACAUGUGUAGUGCUGACCUCAUAUGUUAUGCUCCCGGAACUGCUUCUGUAUACAACUAUGGGCUCAUGCUAGAUUAAAGUGAUUAUUAAGUUUUGAAUAUGGAUAUUUUUCUUACCAAAAACGCAUGGAGUUGCUUCAGAAAACAUGAAACCGCAGACUACUCUUUCUGAGAUUUUAGCAGUCAUGUUUGUGUUGCACAUCAUAGAAGACAAUAGGAGUUUCUCAAUGUCAAGGAUACUUCCUUGGCAGGAUUGGUCCUUCCAAGUCACUUCCUUCAGAGGCUAGACAAGGCUCCUCUUUAGCAUUUGGAGAACACGUAAAUGGAACCGGCUAGCAAGUGCAUGUCAUUGCGUCCAAAAUCUGUGUUCACGCCACCUUAUACAAUUACUAAAGUUCAUUAGCAAUUAAUAUUUUUACAAAUUUAUUUUUUAUUAAUUAUUAUAAUUAUAAUUAUCAUUAUUAUAAACGCCACAGAAUAAGCCUUAAAGUCAUCAGAGGUGCAGCAGCGCGGUUAUAUAUGUUUUCGAUGCAGAGUGCAAUGUUAUUUAUGUUUUUAUCUCGAUUGUAGCGAAAUGAAACUGUCUGAACGCAGCUGUGUGUGAUCUCUAUUUGUCUCCCCUUUCCCCGACCCCUCCUCCGCUCCAGUGCUGAAAAAGGGGGGUUUCAUGACCCUUUCACCGCAUAUGGGCACCGUUAAACCCACAACGUUUUUCUGUGGAGGUCCCUCACAAAAUUAAAAUGAGAUUCAUAAGCACUGUGUAGCAGCCAACUUUUGAGGAAAUGAGUAUCACGCAUUUCACACCAGAACCAUAAUGAUCCGCUUGAUUAUGUUGGCGUUGAGCCUUAACAUAGUAUUUGGCAAUGAUGAACUCACCGUCUUCACAGUAGGCUGCAGAGAAGACAUAACUUUGCACUGUACUUUCCUUCAAAACUGUCAGAACUACACCUCUAUUACGUGGUACAAGUUGAACAAUAACAGCGGUGACAGAUCUACAAUGAAAAUCCUCAAAAAGUCAGAAAGUGUCGUCCAGACUGACAAACCCAACGAUUCUGUGUCACUGGAAAAAAACGCAGCUUUGGUCUUAAGGAAAGUUACUCAAGCUGAUUCUGGGGUGUACACGUGUUUAAUUAAAGCCAAAGCUGGUGGAAAGAACUGUCCAAAUUGGGUUAGACUUAAUAUCUCAGAUUGUGUGUCAACACCUUCACCCGUCAUCUUUGAAUUCUCCACCAAGUUUAUUAAUGGAUCAUGGUCAAACAUCAGCGUCCCAUUGCCUCAUGUGAAUGACUAUUCAGUGCUUUUUGUCCUGUGGGGUUGUGUAGGACUCGGUGUGAGUAAAAUCAUCCUCAGUGCCAUUUCCAUAUGCGUAAGUAUUUCUAAAUGUAGCGGAUUUAUCUCCAUUUCUUCUGCGCAUUUUAUUUGAAUUAUUAUGUUCAGCAAAGCCUAAGAUGUAGCUAAACACUGACAGGUAAGUAAGUAUGUAAACAAGUUUAAAUGCAAAUGCUCUUAAAGAGAACACUAUUAAUUGACCCUGCAAGUCUGAUCCUAGCUGUUAUUGUGAAAAACUAUUUCUAAGCUAUAAUGGUGAUUGCAUCUGUUCUCAGGUUUUCAAGAAACUCAGAAAACUUAAAAGAAGACAGACUUGAGACCAACCACUGUUUAUCAUCACCUUGUUUGUUUGCAGUUGACUCACCAUACUCUGCAAACUCUGCAAACUUGUGUAAAAGACCAUUGGAUGGUUUAGUGAUUUAACAUGUUAAUACUUAAUCUGUGAAUUUACCUAUGAAUCAUGAUACUCUGAGGAACUGAUACUUUAUAUCUGUUAUAUUUAUUUCCAAAAUGACAUUCCUGUCAUAAGGGCAAAAAAUGGAAGAACAUUUUCUUAAACUUUAAAAUUAUGUUUGGAGGAACUAUGCAUAUUGAAAGUUUUCUGAUGCAUAAUCCAUAUUUAAUACACUGCAAAAGAACAAAUUUUUCUUCAUUAUGGAUUUUUCUUACUAGUGUUAUUCUUGUAUUAUUUAUGUACAUUUGUAGUAUAUUUACUAAAGCAAAUUGUAAAACAAAUAUGUAUUGAUUGAUUGUAUCAAACAAAUUUGUAUCCAUAUUACUGGUUUAAAUUGGCCAGUAAGAAUGUUAAAUUAGUUUAAGCUUUUAUAAAUAUUUCAUUCUCUUUGUUUGUAGGUGUUGUGUGUGAAAUUGGUUUGCUCCAUGUGUGCAAAUUUUCAGAAAAACUAAACAUGAGGUCAUCCUAAAAUAGGUAUACUGUGCUUUUGCCCAUGAAUUGUUGAAUUCCCAAAAAUGGAAAUUAGGCUGCUCUUUACUCACCCACGAGGCAUCCAGUUAUGACUUUCUUCUUUCAGACGAAUCCAGUAAGAGUUAUAUAAAAAAUUGUCUUUGAUC